UUAGCCCUUGACGUAUGAAGAGGACGGUAGCAACAGUUGCCUCGAGACCCCCGCUCGCCAUAGUGACUGUAGUCGUGGAGACAGUUACUUACCAACGGGAGCAACACUCAGCAACAGCAGCAGCAACUGGAGGAGAGAGAGAGAGGGAAAAGAACAGUAAAGCCAGGGCAGAUCUAAGCAGAAGGCUGAGAGUUCAGAGGUGAGCGGCCUGCUGGGGAUGCGGGUGACUCAGCCUGAUUUGGGAGAAACCAUGCAGCGGUCAGAGGGCGGCUCAGAGUCGGCAUCCACCGUGGCGCUGAGAACGUCCAUUUCAGCCCAGGCGCCAGUGGUUCAGCCCGUUCCCGCCUCCCAACAGCGUGUGUUAGUUCAGGCCACCGGCUCUUCCCAGAAGGGAGCUCAGGUGCAGCAGUUGCCAGUGCCUAAAGUGCAACAGAUCCCUCAGCAGGUCCAACAGGUUCAGCAUGUGUACCAGUCCCAGGUGCAGUACGUGGAGGGGGCAGAGGCCGUCUACCCCAAUGGCACAGUUCGUACUGCAUACUCGUACAACCCAGAGUCCCAGCUGUACGGACAGGGCAGCGGAAGCACCUAUUUUGACACUCAAGCAGGUGGUACUCAGGUUACCACCGUCGUCUCCUCUGCAGGCGGAGUGCCCACCCACAGCAUGGUGGGAAUCGCCAUGGACGUGGGCAGCAGUCAGAUCAUUUCUAGCGGCAGUGCCUACUUGAUCCACGGCGGGAUGGAGAGCGGCCGCCACCACACCUCUCACUCCUCACGCUCUUCGUCCGCAAUGCUUGAAGUGGCGAUUGAAAACCUCCAAAAGUCAGAAGGGAUUGCCACGCACAAAAGCAGCCUGCUCAACAGCCAUUUGCAGUGGCUGUUGGACAAUUAUGAGACUGCUGAUGGUGUGAGUCUGCCACGGAGCUCUCUAUAUAACCACUAUCUGAGACACUGUCAGGAGCAAAAACUGGAUCCAGUUAAUGCUGCUUCUUUUGGCAAACUCAUCCGAUCUGUCUUCAUGGGCCUUCGCACACGCCGGCUUGGCACCAGGGGGAACUCUAAAUACCAUUAUUACGGAAUUCGUCUGAAGCCUGACUCGCCUCUCAACCGCUUGCAGGAGGACAUGCAGUACAUGGCAAUGAGACAACAACCUGUCCAUCAGAAACAGAGGUUUAAGCCCUUUCACAAGAUGGAUGGGAUGGGGGACAGUCUGAACAGCGGCUCCCAGCACUUGUUCAGCACCCCUGAGCAGAGCGUGGCGGCACAGAGCCAGCACCACCAGCAGUACAUUGAUGUGUCUCACGUCCUGCCCCCCUUCCCUUCUCCUGAUCUGGGUUCUCUGCCUGAGCCAAUCAGCAUGAACGAUGUGAAAAAACUACAGAGCAACUACAGGAUUCACUGUGAGGCUACUCUGGACGUAGUCAUGAACUUGCAGUUCCAUCUCAUAGAGAAGCUAUGGCAGACCUUUUGGUAUUCAACAGCGCCAUCUAGUGACGGAGCCACUAGCAUUCCUAACAGUGAAGAGGAUGUGGAGGACAUCAGAGGAUUCCCCAGAGAGAAGCUGAUCGCUCUGUGUAAAUAUGAACCAAUCAAACAGUGGAUGAGGAGCUGUGAUCACAUCCUGUAUCAGGCACUGGUGGAGAUCCUCAUCCCUGAUGUACUGCGGCCUGUUCCCAGCACCCUCACUCAAGCUAUCAGAAACUUUGCUAAGAGUCUGGAGGGGUGGCUGACCUCAGCCAUGAGUGACUAUCCACAGGAGAUUGUCCGCACUAAGGCAGCAGUAGUGAGUGCGUUUGCGCAGACCCUGCGCCGCUACACUUCUCUGAAUCACCUGGCCCAGGCAGCGCGAGCCGUCCUGCAGAACACGUCCCAGAUCAACCAGAUGCUCAGCGACCUCAACAGAGUGGACUUUGCUAACGUGCAGGAGCAGGCGUCCUGGGUGUGCCAGUGUGACGAGAGCGUCGUCCAGCGUUUGGAGCAGGACUUUAAGGUGACCCUGCAGCAGCAGAGCUCUCUGGAUCAGUGGGCCGCCUGGCUGGAUAACGUCGUCAACCAGGUGCUGAAGCCCUAUGAGGGCAGUACCAGCUUCCCCCGCGCCGCACGCCAGUUCCUGCUCAAGUGGUCCUUCUACAGCUCCAUGGUGAUCAGAGAUCUGACUCUGCGCUCGGCCGCCAGCUUCGGCUCCUUCCACCUCAUCCGCCUGCUCUACGAUGAGUACAUGUUCUAUUUGGUGGAACACCGUGUCGCCAUGGCAACCGGAGAGACGCCCAUCGCUGUCAUGGGGGAGUUCAGUGACCUCAGUUCCAUGAUGCCAUCACUCAUGGAGAAAGAUGCCUCAUUCUCAGAUGAUCUGGCCAGCGACGGAGACAUGUCGAGCAUGAGCGAGCCGGCGGUGAAGAGCGAGCGAAUCGAGAUCAGUCCCUCCCUGCAGGAGAUCUAAGAGCAGGACCACCUCAAACGGCUGCCGGUGGCCAAGAGAACACUUAUCUGUGAGGUCUUUCUGUAUCUUGAGGGUACGUAGGUCUGUUUAGGGUCAGUGUGUGUCUCCCUCCCACCUUUAGGUUUUCUGCGACUGUGAAACAAGAACGUGCUGGUUUUGUGAUGAUUUUUUGUUUUUUUUCAUGUGCCAUAGUCUUCUUUCAGUGCCUUAGAUGAGAAAAGAAACACUAGAGCAGAACUGUCUCUCUUUCUCUUUGAUUUUCUCUCGUUCCCUCAGCCGUGCCUCUAACCGCAGGAUGAAUGUAUCGUCUCAGAACCUCAGAUGUCUAAAGCACCUUUUAAAGAUGGUCACAUUUUAGACUUUCUGCCUCGGCCGUUUCCUCAGGCGUAGAUGCAACCUGCUGGCCCCAAAGCUGCCCGCUCGUCGACCCCAACCUGCUGCACAUGCAAAGCCGUUUUGUAGAUAAACCCCAGCCAUAUGAGAUGCCUAGUCUACACUUCAACCGUUUUUAGUUGUAACGAAUGAAUGUCUAACUUUUAUUACGUUUUAUAAAAAUCACUAUAAGAGAUUAUUCGACUGGGUUUGUUGCCCUGAAAGCGGCCCGUUCUCGUUCGAAAGCUUCGGGAUGUACAUACACCUACUGUAUUGAAGGAGAUUGCUCCGUUUUAGAUGAACCCAUCAAAACUGGUUUGUGAAACUUUUUGGUCUAGUUUUGUAGUUACUUGACGAGUUCUUAGUUGUUUGCAGUGGUUAGAAAGAGCCUACUUGACUUGAUAUAUUGAACGUACCUGUGUGUGAGCGUGCGUCUGUACACAAGGCCUUCUGAAGUAACUGGAAGUGAGUGUACACUCAACAGGUUUUGUGAAUAGUUCUUGUCGUUUUUAUUCAAAACGAACAUACAAGCUUUUUUUUUUUUUUUUAAAGAACGCUUAAAAGAACUCCCUUUACAUAUUUAAGUAGAUAUUGUGUAAAUGUUAAUGCAAAAAAUGUAAAAGCGACAUUUUCUAGAAGUAGAAAACCCAAAAUAGACCCGUUUAGUAACAGAAUAUGCAGCCUCUUACAGAUCCGCCUCAUCACCUGGUGCUGUACACGCUUGUAAUGGAAACGAUGUGCUGACAUAAAGCUGGAAAUUCUUUCGUUUUCAGGAUCCGGUUGUAAUUGUUUUUGACGAUGUUGUGCUGAAGCCGGUCGGGAUCUUUACUGGUGCCUGGUAGCGGCCCGUAAUGGGUCCCUACAUGUCCCUCUCUGCUAUUUACAAAGAGAAACUUCAUUUCUGCUAGCUUUGUGUUUGUUCUGAGAAGUGAUUGGCGGCUGUGUUCUCACUGUGGUUGGUUGUGACUUUAACGCCUGUCAUGGUUCUUUGCCUGUUGUGUGCUUUCGGGAAGGGAAUUUCAAUUUUUUUUAAGGCUGUUUUAAAGCUUCUUGCUAUGGAUUAUUUUUAUGGAGGUAAAUGCAAUUCUUCUCACUACUAUAUCGAUACCUUAUUUUUGUGUCUUUAAAAAAAUUCUUUAUUUAACCUCAACCGCUUAGUUCGACUGUAUUUUGUACUGGUAAAAAGUGUAAUAAAUUUGUGUAAACCACUUGCUUGUUGUGUAAUGACUGACACAAAUAGACUCCUUUUCCAUAUUAAACCUUUCUUGAAUACUCGACAUACAUACAUUCUGUAAAUAUCAGAACUUUAUAUCCAUUAUAUAUCUUCAUACUUACUCCUUCACAGAUUAGCACUAAAAAUGAAAAGAAAUGUACAUCCAGUUCUUCAAACUUGAAAUAAACGUGUGGCUUGCGCACUGAACAAACAAUUCUAUACAACUAAAAGUAGAGGCUGGUUGUGGUCCCUAAUUCCAGGGCAUACUUGUCCUAGAGCAAUGCAUCAUGGGUAUUAGGGAUUUCCCACAUCACACUGUAUAUACAAUAUGAUCUCUCCUCUUCAGGCCUGUAGCAUGUGGACAGUUCCAGCAGCCCAGGGGGGUUCAAAAGUGCAAACGUUGUGCCUCUGGUAGUGAAGCGGUCACCAUCACUGCUCACAAAGAACAGCCAGCCAUGUAUUU